AUGAACCCAGCCGGCUUUAUUCAACUCCCUCCUGGCCCACCAAGGCCCCUUACAAAAGCAGCGGUGGGACAUGUGAACCCGCGUCCACAGCCCCAUCAGCCGGCUCCUAGGGGUCCUAUGCCGGGACUACCACCGCACCAAGCCGUGCAGCGUCCGAUGGCUCCUACGAUGGCUCCGGUGGCGAUGCCGCAACCCAUGCCGCAACCCAUGCCGGUACCUCCACCCAACGAUGCCAUCCCACUCGAGCUCAGACAAAAGCGGCUUGUCGAGCCUUCGGACCUUCGCAGCGAGCGGAUGACGGAGGCUAACGCGCGCGAGGCCCUGUCCGAAUAUGUUGUUUACCGGCUCGAAAAGGUCAACGACCCAGACGAGAUUGACGACGAAGGCUACCCGGCCGUGCCAACUUGGGAGAACGUGACCAGGACGGAAGUUCGAGACCUCUCCAAGCCGGUCAUAACCCGCACCAUCCGCCACCUCGACGACGAGGGCAAGUCCGUCAUGCAGAAGAAGUUGAAACUUACGGCGACCCAGCAGCGUCAGAUCGAGAAAGCUCAAAAUGACCUGGAAACCCACAAUCAUGACAAGAGGUUCUGCUAUACUCUGCAGCAGAUCGAUACCAAGAUGAAGAAACUCAGCAAGGACUCCACCGAGUACCGUCAAUAUAUAGCGGGACGAGAAUCGAAGAAAGUGACCGUAUCGAAGACGAAGAAGUCCAAGAAGAACUUGUUGGAAACCACUUCGUUGACGGUUUACUUCAAACGAGAGCCCCGUGCCGGAGUGAAUUCUACAGCCCUCCUGGGUGAACAGAGUAGGGAAGCCGAGCACAAUCGAAGACUAGAGGAUCAGCGACGACAAAACAUGCAGGCUCAGCAGUUGAUGGCUGAGCAGCAUCGCCACAGCAUGCUGAUGCGGCAGCAGCAGGAAAACCUUGCACGGAGCACGAUGCCGGCGCCGAUGCAGCCCUCUCAGCCACAUCACCAACAUAACCCCCCUCACCCGCCUCAGCCAAAACAGUUUGGGGCUUUCAAAGGGACCAAAGUCCAUGUCAUUGAGAACGAUCCGAGAAGGGGGGGCAAACCCAAAGUUUAUCCCGCAUCCUCAAAGGGUUCGAGAAGCUCCGGGAGCUCUGUCUCGACCGAAAGCUCCAGCGAUUCGGAGCUGACGCUAGGGUCAUCCGUGACGGGGUCGUCAGAUUCCAGCAGACAUGGCCGGCGUCGCCAUCGCAGUCACAGUCGAGGUCGAAACCGAAGCCGCAACCACAGCCACGGCCGGCGUCGCUACCACGACCGCCCUGAGCACUACGGUCUUCCGUCCCGCCACCACACCAAACACAACCAGCAUUACAUCCUCAAUGGUGACACGCCUCGAGGAGGAUUGAUGCCGACUCCGCUGCCACCGGCGCCUAUGCCAAUGCCUGAUAGUGUUGACCACCUUGGAGACGCGACCUCCCGAUCCCGGCGGAUAGCAGACAGAGCGUAUGGUCAUGAGCUGGAUGACCUAAACCUGUUCCGUCUUCGUCGCCAGAGUACGCUGCCACCCCGCGUGGUUCACAGGCAUCCGGGCUACCGAGUUGUUGAUUCAGAAGAGGUUAUUCGUCACAGGCAUGAGAAUGAUUUGAACAACUUGAGAAGAUGGAAGAUCCGAGACGAGGCAUUGUAUGAAGACGAGGAGGAGUCGGCUGCCGUAAGGAGAGAGGCAGCGGCGCGGAUCCGACGGCAUCUGGAACCGAGAUUCCGCCGUCAAUCACAAGAAAGAUUCGUCAUUUCCCGCGAAGACCUGGAAGAAACAUUCGAGGCGAUGGAGGCUCGGAAGUACAUGAACCGCCAAGAGCGUGGAGCGUGGUCGCCACUUGAGAACCAAUUCGAGCCCCUCGGACGACCCGGACGAAGGGAAACGUUUGCUCCGGCAAGGUAUAACUAG